UUUAUUGGUGGUGAACGAGCAAGUUUAUCAUUUGGAAAAAUAAUCGGGUGUGCGGACAACACGGAGUUAUUUUGUCUAAUUGGAAUAAGUUAAACUCACAAAUUGGAAUUUAAAAGAAAAAAAAAUCAAAAUGACUAGAACUCUUAUAUCUUCUUAAGUAAAAAACGAACAUUGGCUUCCGUUGAAACAUCGGAGAAUUGGGAAAAAACAAAUUGAGUUUAUAAACAAAGAAAACAUAAUGUGUCUCAUAUAGCAGUGCAAAAAGUACAACAAAAUCAUUUGUUUUUGGAUAAAAGCAGAUAUACGUCAUACAUUCACGUCGCCCGUUUUGUCUUUAUACUGCGCUCUCGCUCUCUCAAAUGCCAAGAGAAUUAAAUUUUUUUUCUCGCAUAUAAAAGUAAUCAUUUUCAUUGCAUUUAUUCCAUACAACUAAAUACUUGGAUUUUGUUUUAUAUUAUUUGUGAUAUUGGCGUAAUCAAAAAAUCAUUAUUUUUUUUGGCAAAUUAUAAAAAUUCUGUGCGUCUUCGACUAAUACAUUUCCUGCCUCCGAUAAACCUUUCAUUACGAGUUUCAACGUCUGCUAAAUAGUGUUAGGCAACAUCGAGUAUAAACAUUUCAAACUCUUCAAAUCUGUUUUGAGGGGUUGUUUGCACAAAGAGCAGAUAAACAAUACUUCGUUUGCCUGAGUGCCCACCCUACCCUAAUCAAUUAAGAAGGUGGCGGCUGCCGAAAACAAAUAAAACACAAAAGAGAAAGUGUGUGUUUUUGUGCGGCUAGAUGCGUGUGUAUUUGACAUUAAAAUUGCAUCGGAAUUCCUAAUAACGUAAAUACAAGAUUUGUGUCCGUGUAUUAGCCCAUGGUAUAUGCUUGGGCCCUACCGAAGCUGUUGCGCCACCACCGCCAUCGACACUCAAGCAAUACGUUGCUGGAAAUUUAAAGCAACCGACAAUUUCAAAACAAAACGAGCAGUAAAUAGUAGUUGACGAGUACUUCGGCGACGAAAACUACGAACAACUGCAACAACAAUAACAACAACGAAGGAGAUAACUUGGCCUUCGAAAGGCCACCACACAAUACAACUACAAAUACCAUUCCAUUAUUUUCUUCGUUCAACAAACAUACCAACUGCAAUCUGUUCAGGGUUAUACCGACGAUGAUGGCGGAACCCGACUCAAGGUCGUUGCGAACGACAAGCCGUCGCAAUAUUGCGUCCUCAAAUCUGUCAUCAACCUCUUCCUCCUGCAUUAGCUUUUCAUUAUCGCUGCGACCGACUUUGUUGCACAUAAUCUGCUUCACUGUGAUAUUUUCUAAUUUGAUUGCCCCCAGCACCCAGGACUGCAUUUGGUAUGGAGUUUGCAACGUAGACAAUUUUGAACGUAGCCAGUACUGUUCAUACAAUGGAACGGCUAAACCAAUUUCAGAGGAGGGUAGGCAGUUUCUAAAGGAACGUUGCGGUCACCUGCUGGAGAAUGACGCAACUGACUUUUGCUGUGAUAGUAAACAGGUGGAAAUUCUGAAUAAGAAUAUCAAGUUAGCUGCAAAUUUUUUAGACCGUUGUCCAUCGUGCAUGUCAAAUUUGGUGCGGCAUUUGUGUGAAUUUACAUGCUCACCCAGGCAAUCGGAAUUUAUGCAUGUAGUUGAAACGGAAUCCAGUGCCGAUGGCAAAUUAUACGUCAACAAUAUUGAUUUACAUAUAACGGCAAACUACACCAAUAGUACCUAUAAGUCCUGCUCACAGGUGUCUGUACCCUCAACAGGACAACUUGCUAUGGAUAUUGUUUGUGGCGAUCAUACCGCUUCGCGGUGCAGCGCUACCAAAUGGUUUACAUACAUGGGCGAUUCCAGUAAUCUCUACGUACCUUUCCAAAUAACAUACGUGCAGCAUCAGAACAGUUCGUCCAUCAUUGAUGGUUACCGUCCAUUGGAUCCUCGCACAGUUCCUUGUAGUAGUCCACUAAAUGAUAAGACACCAGCUUGUUCCUGUACAGAUUGUGAGGCAUCUUGUCCCAUUCCGCCACCAGAACCACCAGCACCGCAGCCAUUUAUGAUCGGCGGUUUUGAUGCGUUUACGGUUAUAAUGAUAGCUGUGUUUGUGGUUGGCAGUCUAUUGUUCCUAAUGGGCGUUUGCUUGUUCCCCUCCAAAAAUAUGGAUGUUUUGGUAGGUGGAGGUUUGAUGGAUAACCGUUAUAGUACGUCGUUUGGCAGACGUUACACUGGUGCUCACGCUGUCAACAAUGUGUUGGCUACCGAGGAGGACUCGCCACUGCAAUCGAAAAUAUCCACUGAUGGCAAUGAAGUGGAUGGACCUAAUCAUGAUAGUAUUGAUGUUGUUGUUGAAUCAGAAUCAGGCUACUUUGAACACCUGGGCGCCAAGACUGAAAAAUACCUUGAGGAAUUCUUUACAGCCUGGGGCAAAUUAUUUGCCACAUAUCCGUGGCUGACUCUUUUGGGCGGUCUGGUAUUAGUUGCAGCCCUUGGAACUGGCAUUAAAUUUUUGCACGUCACAACGGAUCCAGUUGAAUUGUGGGCGUCGCCACAAUCACGUUCGCGAGUGGAACGUGAAUUUUUCGAUUCUAAGUUCCAACCUUUCUAUCGCAUCGAACAGAUAAUUAUUAAGGCUGUUGAUUUGCCCGACAUAAUUCACAACACCUCAAAUGGGCCCCUUCAAUUUGGUCCGGUCUUCGAUAAACAGUUUUUAACUGAUGUCUACCAUUUGCAAGAAGAUAUCAAGAAUUUAGGUAAAGGCAUUGAGAAUGCUACCAUGCUAAAGGACAUUUGUUAUGCACCUCUGGUUUCUGACGACUCGCCAUCAGUGGAAACAUCCAAUUGUGUUGUGCAAUCUGUAUGGGGAUAUUUUAAAGAUGAUUUAGACCGUCUAGACGAUGAAGAUGAAGACAAUGGUUUCCAGGUCAACUAUUUGGAUGAGCUGUAUCAAUGCAUGAGUAAUCCUUACUUAUGCUUGGCCCCGUAUGGCGGCCCUGUAGAUCCAGCUAUUGGACUUGGUGGUUUCUUGAAGCAAGGUGAACAACUUGGCCCAAAUACUAAAUACGAACGAGCCAAUGCCAUUAUAUUGACCUUCUUGGUGAAGAAUCAUCAUGACAAGCAUAAAUUAACCGCAGCUCUGGAAUGGGAGGAACGUUAUGUUGACUAUAUGCUCAAUUAUACGAAAACACGAAUGAGUAAACACAUGGACAUAGCUUUUACUUCGGAACGUUCAAUUGAAGAUGAAUUGAAUCGCGGAUCCCAGUCAGACGUGCUAACCAUUUUGGUGUCAUACUUGAUUAUGUUUGCCUAUAUAGCCAUAUCGUUGGGCCACGUGCAAGAAGUUGGCCGGGCUUUCAUCGACAGUAAGAUCACAUUGGGCGUUGGCGGUGUAAUAAUUGUCUUGGCUUCUGUGGUAUCAUCAGUUGGUAUUUUUGGCUAUAUUGGCGUUCCGGCUACCUUGAUUAUCGUUGAAGUAAUACCAUUCCUGGUAUUGGCCGUAGGUGUUGAUAAUAUUUUCAUAUUAGUGCAAACUUAUCAACGUGAUAGCAGAAGAGCAGAUGAAACACAUGAAGAGCACAUUGGAAGGAUAUUGGGCCGUGUAGGACCUUCAAUGUUGCUGACGUCGAUAAGCGAAAGUUGUUGCUUCUUUCUGGGAGGACUUUCAGAUAUGCCAGCGGUUAAAGCAUUUGCAUUGUACGCUGGUAUGGCGCUACUAUUUGACUUCCUUCUUCAAAUUACAUGUUUUGUAAGCUUAUUGACCUUGGACACGAAACGUCAAGCAGAAAAUCGCCUAGAUGUCUGUUGUUUUAUACGGGGUAAGAAGACUGAUGUCGCACCCAUUACCGAAGGUCUCCUGUACAAGUUCUUCAAGAGUGUCUACGUGCCCUUUUUGAUGAAGAAAACAGUACGAGUUAUUGUCAUGAUAGUAUUCUUUGGGUGGCUGUGUUCAAGCAUAGCCAUAGCACCACGAAUCGAUAUUGGUCUCAAUCAGGAGUUAUCCAUGCCUGAAGAUAGUUUCGUAUUGCGAUAUUUCCAAUCAUUAAACAAGUACCUGAGUAUUGGACCACCGGUAUACUUUGUUCUCAAGUCUGGUUUGAAUUUCUCCACAACAUUUGAUCAAAAUCUUGUUUGUUCCGGUCAAUUUUGCAACGAUGACAGUGUUAUAACGCAGAUUUACCUAUCUAGCAAACGUUCGAAUGUAACAUAUAUAGCUAGACCAGCUUCGAGUUGGAUUGACGAUUACUUCGAUUGGAGUCAGGCAUCAAGCUGCUGUAAAUACCAUGCUGAUACGGGCGGAUUUUGUCCUCAUCAAAAUUCAUCUUGCGAGACAUGUACGAUAAACCGCAAUAGCUUACAUCGCCCCGACGAAAAGGACUUUGGCAAGUACUUGCCUUUCUUCUUGCAAGACAAUCCUGAUGAUUAUUGUGCCAAGGCUGGUCACGCGGCUUACGGUGGAGGCGUACGUUAUAGCGUCUUGCCCACAACUAACCAAACUCAAGUUGAUGCGUCCUAUUUCAUGGCCUAUCAUUCUAUUUUAAAAACAUCGGGUGAUUACUAUGGUGCAUUGCGUUCAGCUCGCAAAAUAUCGGACAAUAUUACACACAUGCUGCAGGGUCGUUUGAUGUCCCAAGGAGUGCCGAUAGAGGAGGCUCUUCAAGUUGAAGUGUUUCCCUAUUCGGUAUUUUAUGUAUUCUACGAACAAUAUCUGACAAUGUGGCCCGACACAUUACAGAGCAUGGGAAUUUCCGUUUUGGCUAUAUUCAUUGUGACAUUCCUGCUUAUGGGCUUCGACAUUCACUCAUCCCUUGUAGUGGUUAUAACCAUUACAAUGAUCGUUAUCAAUCUUGGUGGAAACAUGUACUACUGGAGUAUAUCGUUAAACGCCGUCUCCCUCGUCAACUUGGUUAUGGCUGUUGGCAUAUCUGUGGAAUUCUGUUCACAUUUGGUGCACAGUUUCUCAAUAUCAACGGAAGGCACAAGAGAAAAGCGUGCCGCUGACUGCCUGACCAAAAUGGGUAGCUCUAUUUUCUCCGGUAUAACGCUGACAAAGUUUGGAGGCAUAUUGGUACUAGCCUUCGCCAAAAGUCAAAUCUUCCAAGUAUUCUAUUUUAGAAUGUACUUGGGAAUUGUCCUGAUCGGUGCCGCCCAUGGCUUGAUAUUUUUACCCGUUCUCCUCAGUUAUAUUGGCGUGAUGCAAGGUCCCCGUGGAAGAUCAGCACAUACGAUUCGAACCGACGCAAGAGCAACAACCAUACCCACCAAUUCAAACAACACUCCCCACACAGGAUUUGCAACAACCUCCACCAGCUAUCAUCCAGACGAAGCAAUCUUCGACAAUACUAACAGCUUUUCUCCGAUGUAUACAUCAGCCUCACAAUCCUCCUUCGGAAGUGUAAGCUCUGUGGCAAACCUGCAGCCUUCUGUUGGCGGUUACAAACGCAUUCCGGAAAACUGAUGUCCACCCCUGACCGAUAACUCUGUCGUCUAGCCAGCAAUUAAAAAAGAGUAUCAACUGAACGAAACGAAAUUGGCUGAGCCUUAUAUAUAUGCGAGUAUUACACCAUCAACGAGAAUGUAUAUUUUUACCACAGAACUAAAGUUCAAUUCGAACAUCAAGACAAGACGUUUUCAAAAUAACAACAAGAAGCAUAUCUUAUUUUAAGUUUGUUGCCCUUGAUCAACAGUGAACUUGAGUAAAUAAUUAUUCUCAAUCUAUAUCUCCCUCCAUUAUCUCAUUUUUAUAUACGUAGCUUAGUUUAGCUCUAUUCCUAUUCCCAUUUCGUUUUUUUUUUGCUUUUUCCCACGUGAGACUUGACCUGGGCUUGGGCCUUGGGUAGGAGUGAAUGAUUUUUAGUUUUAUAUAAACCUAAUGAACCUGCAAGAAAAUCAAAUAAAGUAUAUUUUUUAUAUAUGUAUAUGAAAACUAUUUACUUAUGUACUAUGUGAUUGUGUAUUAAAGGAAAACUAACCUCCAGCGUAAUAGAAACCAAAUAAAAGCCUUUAGUAUCAUGCUAAAAAAUUCUCGCAAUUCUUACGAACGCUUUCUAUGGUGUUCAGCUAUGAAAUUUAUAUUUCAUUUAUUUCCUAUUUUGCUCAACUAAUAAUUCCAUUAUUCCAAUCAAAUCCAAUCAGUAUUAUCGAUUUGUUGGAAAUGUUUCCAAACUUUCUUUUUUUUGCCAUUUCCCCAGAUUUCUUUUGUUUGGAUUGCCAUCGUAAUUCUCUCAAACAUCUACUUGAAGUUUGUACACCAAAUGCAAAGGGAUGUAAAAAGUGUAAAUCUUUUAGGACACACGUAUUAUUAAAAUCUCUCAUCGACAUUUCUGUGAUGUCUAAUGCAACAUUUGAAUUCGCAUGCCGAAAGAUUGGCUAAAGUGUUAUUUGAAGCGUUUAUUUAGUUUUUACGGUUACCUUAAACAACAAAACGCUACUUGCUCAACGCUGACAAUAGUGGGGAUACGUUCGUUUUUAUAACCUAACCCCAAAUUUAGUUAACGCCUUUCAACAGUCAUGGAAAAACCGCUCUAAUAUGAGUAUUCAUAGAUAUGCUCUUUUCAUUUUAGCACUAUAUAGUGCCAAUCACGACUAAUCGUUUCUGUUUUAUGGUAUUUUAUCCAGAACAUCAGACUCGCACUGGAUAAAACUUAAAACACAGCACUAGCAGCUGCUUGAUGCCUAGGUGUUAGCAAACACAAUAAUACAGUCCAUAUAUAGGACCCAUUAAUCUAUCCAUCACAUCUCUCGUUGUGGGUGCUAUCUCACUCAUAUUGUUGUGCUAUCUUAUUCAUAGCCAAUUCCUUGGAUAUGUGAUCAUUGCAAUGUCUAUAUGUCUGAUUAUUCUCUUCCAAAGUCAUUUUGACUUUCUGAUAGCACUUUCAGCCAAAAUCUUUAAUUUAUUGUAAUAAAAAUUCUUACCACUUACUAUGGCAAAAAUGAAAAAGAUAGGACAAUUCCAUUGAUUUAAAUCAAUAAAUGCAUUAACAAAAUUUUUCUUUAGAUAAACCAAAACACGAAAAAAUACAUCGUACUGUGAUUAGGUAAAAAGUGAACGACUUUUACUUCUAAUAAAUAUGCAAAAUAAUUUCAAGAUUUCAAUAUUCAAGCUAUGAGUAUUGCCUGACAAGUAUGACAGCAAUAGCUGUAUUUUUAAAAUCUAACGGUCCUUUUCACAAAACUUAAUGAAGUAAGGCUUCAAAAAAGGUAGUUGAUUUUGAUAGUUCUAUGAAGGAAAUUUGCCAAAUAAACCCAGCUACAUAAAGUUUGUGAAAACCGGUGUAAACCUUUGCACCCUAUGCAUUUUUAGUGGUGAUGUGCUUUGAUGGACCUCGAGGGUUUCCAUAAGUAGCCAAGUUUAACAUUUAAAAAUUUCUGAAAUUGUCAUUGCAGGGUUGUAUAGCAAACAUAGAACUGAGUUUAACUGGGCAUCAUUGUGUAAAACAAAUGAUUUCUGGGGCCUAAUUCUCGCAUCCGCAAUCGCCUUUCGCCUACGAUCGAGUUUCGCUUUUUCGGAUUAUGGCGGCAUCCGUUAUCGAUUAUUUCUAAUCGAAACUUCGAAUAGAAACGUGCGAGUUUUUGCCCACACCGAUUUGCCUAUCGUAAAUAACAAAUUUUCGCCUAUUUUCAAGAAACUAGGCUUAAAGUUGGACAUCGAGGUAUAAAUAUGUCAUAAAAUAAAACAAUAAUUAUAUUCACAUUCUCGGUCCCUUAAAUUGGAUAAAAAUUAAGUUUGUGCUUAAUCCAAAUGAUUCAAACCUAAAGUUGAAUCAUUUAACCACUAAAUUUAAGGCAGCAGGAUAUUUUUUCAAGGAAAAUGUUGUGACUUUAUCCAAUUGUAUAUUGGCUCUUGUUCUCCUGCAUGAAAAGCAACAUCAAACAAGCAUCGUUGGCUGUGCUUAAAGCGACGAACACCACUAUUUAUAGUGUAAAAGCAGUAACAUAUCGUUGCAAAACAAUUGCAUAUUGUUUAAAACGUUUUAUUUGUUGUUAUAUCUUUUUUAUCAACCACCAUUUGCUUUGUUUAUCUUUGAGAUGGCAAAUAUGCUUCGCGUAACGAUGUUUUCUUACCCGAAAUCGAUAACAUUUUGCCAAAUUACGAUCGUAAGCCAUGAUCCAAAUUGUACUUACGGAACGGAAUUAAACUUCGAACAAAAACUUGCUCGAUAUCGGAUGCGAGAACUAGGCCCCCGGUUUUUGCUUUUUGCUUCAUGAACUCUAGUAGUCCGCAAGUAAUCAUCUUUUAUUUUCUCAAAUAUUAAAAUAUUUGCAGAAAAGUUUGAACAUUUUGAAAUAAAUGUCUGGAUGCAACCAAAAACCUGCUACUAAUCGCUCAAUUCUAAAAGGAGUCACACAUUGCAGCCAUACAUGUCCUCGAAUAUUAGAUAUAGUGUGGCAUUUAAUUCUAGCAGGAGACUGACAUCGCAACCAUGCAAGUCUUCGAAUAUAACUUAUAGAGUGGCAGAUUAGUUCAGUCGAUUGUCAUGAGUUAUUAUCAGAAGGAGUUUUCCACUCUUUAAAAAAGAGAGUGUAACAUAAUAGGAAUCUCCAUAGAGUUUCAGAGACUUUGGUAAUUUUCUUCCUAAUCUUACAAAAUAAUUUAAUGUUAUCUAUAAACCCCCUUCGGAUCCGUUUAUUUUUUCAGAUAAAUAAAAAAAAAAAAUAAUAAAAACAUCCAGUAGUGACCAGUAGCGACAGUUAAAAUGAGGAAUGUAGUCAGGCGUGUUGUGUCACAAGAGAACACAAACAAAACAACAAAUCUUUAUUUAAUGUUAUAAAAUAACAAAAGUAUCUACAUAUAUGUAUCUAAAUAAGCCGAUAUAUACAUACAUAUGUACAUCUAAUUUAAGGAAUUACUAGUAAAAUACCAACACAUGUAAUUGUAUAUGUAUACACCAACAACACCAACAAAAAAAAGAAACAUGUACGAAAUGUACACUACAAGAGAAACAAACUUUCCUAAAUGUCUACAUCAGAAAUAAAGAUGAAAAACAAACAAAAAAAAAAAAAAAAAAAACAAAAAAACACAUGGAUAAAUAAAGUAACCAAACCAUUGCUACUACAAGUACUACUACAUAUAUAGUGUAGCCUAUGAAAAUGACACGCUACAACUACAAGUAGGCAAACGAAAGGGCGUACGUAUAACGGGAAAACUGACUUAUGUAAAUUGUAAAGUGUAACAGUAACAGGAUACUUAUGGAAAAAGUUUGUAAAUUGAAUAAAACAAAUAUAUAUCGUAUAUAUCGUAUAUAUAUAUACGUAGAUAUAUAAGUGUAUAUGCAUAGACACAAACAUACACACACCAGCAGCAGCAAACUUUGUACGUGCAACGAUUGUUGUGGUUUGUUCCAAAUACUUAUUGUGUGUAUGUGUUUGUGUUAUUUCGAUGUGGCCUUCAGAAAAAAAUAUAUAUUUUAAUUUUGAGAAUAGUUGGUUUAUUCAAAUUUAUUUAAAUCCAAUAAAUAAAUAAAUACUACACUACCUAAAGUUAGAUACAUUUUAUUAUGACAAAACUAUUAUGAUAACAAUACCUAUGUAUAAAAAAAAAAUAAAUAUAUAUAUAUAUCAACAAUUAAAAUAAUACAUAUAUAAGAGAACAAAGCUAAAUGAAAGCCGAUAAUCAAUCAGUUCCAAUAAAGCAUGUUGCAACAUCCAACAAAAAAAUGAAACAGAUCAACUUUAGAUAUUUGGUUAAGGAGCCUUUUGUAAUAUGAAUGUGUACAUUUUAUAAACUAUCAACAAUUAACUACUUGUGUGGACAACCAACUCGAAAUUUUACUUUAGUUUAAAAUUUUGUAUGUAUAUUUUUAUUUUGUUUGAUAAACCUCAACUCACCUUUGGAAGUCCCAACCAGAACGGUUAUGUAGUAACGGUAGAUGAUUUCCCUUUUAUUAUUUUUUUAUUAAUGGAUUUUAGUUUAAGGACCUAAAUAAAAAAAAAUCAAGUGAAUGUGUGAUUGUAAAAACAUAAAAA